AUGACUACCUCAGAACAAUAUUGAGACGAGGGAAACCAACUGCUGAUUUAUGAUCAGGCUGGAAGUCAUAAAACUAUCAUGAUUUCUAAUGCAAUUUCAGAUUUAGAUGCAACCAAAAUUGUGAUCCCUGGAGGGUGCACAAAGUAUUUGCAACCACUUGACGCACUGGUAAUUGCAAAUUUCAAAUCAAAAACAACAGAUUUCAGAAUCAAAUUCCAAACAGAGCAGAUUGAAAGAAGAUCGAAAAGAACUGGAAACCUCAAAGCUCUUGAUCGCCAGCAACUGAUAAACAUUGCUUCAAAGGCGUGAGAUGCUGUAAGCCCUCAACUUGUCAGAAAAUCAUUUGAGUUGACGGGUUCUUAUGGCGUUAAUCAUCCAAAGAUUUUCAGCCAUCAAGUUAAUAUGAAGAAGUUAAUUAUCUAA